AUGAAAGAAGUCCUUCCCAGAAGCUUCCCGGAUGGGAGCGACGGGGAGGGGGAGCUGUGGAGGAAAGGGGAUGGCCUGAGAAAGGGUUUUAGAAGGGUGGGUCGGCGGCUUAUUCGGGCUGUGAAGAAACGACCUGUGCUCAUGAGACGGCUGGCAGCUGUGAUAAUCAUAUACAUCCUCGUUGCAGCCUGCAUGCUCCUCACGUGGUCGCUCAUGCGCUCCUAUGCCACGUCAGCCCUCACCCACGUGGGCCGCAGCACACGGGCGCAACUGGUGCAGGGCGCAUCUGCAGGGAUGGGCGCAGCCCUUGCCACUGCACCCUCCUCCUCUGAUGCCCGGCCAGCACCUACACUUGAAGGAACCUUCGUCUCCUUCUCAGGAACCUUCCCUGGAGAAGACUCAUUGGGACACUUGCACACACACAUGCUCCUCGCUAGAAUCACCAAUUACACUCUUCUCUACACUGUCACUCCUUCACAACCCACCGACCCCAGCCUAUCCAACGCUGCCACGUCAGCCAGCCAUGUCGCAUCCGCUGCAGCACAGUACCUCGCUUCUGCAGUCUCCCCCUCCCAGCUCCUCUCCGCCUGCUUCUUCUCCCCUGACCGUGUCCCCUUGGGGAACUCCAUAAACCCUAAUCACCUCGGGAACUCCGUGAGCCUGGGAAGCCUCCUUGGGGGUACUGGGGGCGGCCAGACUACUCUAGAAACUUCCGCCCAGGCCACCACUGGGGGUACCGAACAGCUGUACUACGUGGACGCAUGCCCUGUCAGUGUCAACGCCUCUGCCUCUAGCCUACAGGGGCCAGUGCAGCAGCAGCAGCAACAGGGUGAUACGCUGGUGUUGAUUUCCAUAGUGCCGUCGGCUCUUAUCCUUGCGCCCUUGGAUUCCGGCAGUGACACUGUCAGGGCGCUCUGCAUCGCCCUGCCACUGGUCAUCCUUGUUAUAGGCUUGCUGCUCGUCUGCAUGAACGGAUCCACGGACCUGGCUCGAACCGGGCAGACGCUGCGGCAGGAGCUGGUGCGGCAGCUGGUGGAGAAGCACAGGGUGGAGCAGCGCAGCAACCACAAGAGCCAGUUCCUCGCCAACAUGAGUCACGAGCUGCGCACGCCACUGGCGGGCAUCAUCGGGCUGUUAGACCUGUUGGCGUGCGACGCGCUCACCCCGGAGCAGGAGGCCAUGGUGCUGCAGAUCAAGUGCUCUCCUCCUCUACUCCUCCCCCCCUCCCCUCCUCCCCCUCUCCCCUCCUCCCCUCCUCCCCUCUUCCCCUCCUCCAUACAGUCACGAGCUGCGCACGCCACUGGCGGGCAUCAUCGGGCUGCGAGUUCGAGGCGCCUCAAAAAGCGCUGUGCCUCGGGCCUGCUAGACCUCAUCAACAACGUCCUUGACAUCUCCAAGGUGGAGGUGGGCGCGCUAGAGCUCACAUUAGCGCCCUUCAGUAUAAUCACGGAGAUGGAGACACUAUUGGACAUGUUUGCAGUGCACUGCAUCGGCAGCGGGGUUGACCUCUCUAUGGAUCUACUAGACGACCUCCCGGUAAUGGUGCUGGGGAGGUGCUCUGCAACCUGCUUUCCAGCAGAAUCAUGCCAGUCGCUCCCUCCCUGCUCGUUCCCUUCCAUUUCUUUUCAGGUGGAGGUGGGGGCGUUGGAGCUCACAUUAGCGCCCUUCAGUAUAGUCACGGAGAUGGAGACAUUACUGGACAUGUUUGCAGUGCACUGCAUCGGCAGCGGGGUGGACCUCUCAAUGGAUCUAGCAGAUGACCUCCCAGACAUGGUGCUGGGGGAUGCAAUGCGGUUCCGCCAGGUUCUCAGCAACCUGCUGUCCAAUAGCGUGAAGUUCACGGAGCAGGGGUAUAUUCACGUGCGCGCGUGGGUCGUGCACACUCCCAACACGUUUGCCAUGUCGCGAACAGCUGUGGAGAGCGGUGCAGACAUCUACUCCUCGCGAACAGCUGUGGAGAGCGGUGCAGACAUCUACUCCGUGCGGAUGAGCGCUCUCAGCGCCCUUCUCCCCCACAAGCAGCACCCACCUGCUGCCGCGCCUGCUCCCUCUGCUCUCGCUUCUGUUGCUUCUGCUGGCAGUGCUGUCGGCAGUGCUGCUGGUAGUGUUGUUGGGAAUUCUGCUUCUGCUGCUGGUACUGCUAGUGCUGCUGCUGGGGCCGCUCGUUGCCACAGCAGGUACAGCUUACAGGCAACAAGGGAAAACGCAUUGGUAGGGAAAGCGGAGGAGCAGGAGGAGCGCGAAGAGGAUGGGGUUGAGGAUGGGGAGGAGGAGGAGGUGGAGGAGGAGGAGGAGGAUGAAGAGAGCCUGAGGGGCCACAGGGGAAACCCGCACGGCUGUGCUCCUAUGAUGGCAGCGGCAGGGUGCCUACCAGUAGGGGCAGUAACAGGAGGCUGGGAACGAGCAGAACUAGGGGGAGGAGCAGGCGGAGGUGCAUUCACAGGAGCACGGGUAGGGAGGAGCGGGGGAGCGAGAGGGAGGGGCGAGGGAGUGCGAGGAGCCUUGGCCUGCACAGGUGGGUUUCCCUGUGCAGGCGGGCUGUCCUCCUCACCCUCAUUCAACCGCUCUUCUAGUCUCAGGGAGCAGAGCAGCCCACUGUUAGGAACCCGGGAGGGGGGAGUGAGGACUUACAGUACCCGUAGAGCCCCAGGAGAGGUCAUGAGAGUGCUGUGCGUGGGAGGGGUUGCAGAUACCGCAGCUGAAUCGGACACAGAGGGGAGUGAGCUUGUGGAUAUAGUGAUUGAGGAGGGGGGGAGGUUGGGGUGGGGCGAAGGAGUGGGGAGGGAGGCUGGAGGCCAAACAGAUGGGAUGGCCUGUAGUGGGAUGGGUCCAGGGUCAGCUGGGGAAGGUGUAGCUGAGGAUGCUGCAGAGGAAGGGGAGGGUGUACCUGGUGACAAUCCACCUGAGGAGCGCCCACCUGGGGAGCGCCCACCUACGGGUGAGGAGGACCCACCUGAGGAGGUUCCACCUGGGGGAGAGGAGGUUCCACCUGGGGAAGGCCCAGCAGUCGAGCCUGCCACAGACGACCGAGUGCUGAUAAUCUUUGAGGUGGAUGACACGGGGUGUGGUAUACCACCGGAGAAGCGCGAGGCGGUGUUUGAGAGCUUCUCGCAGGUGGACGAGUCGGCCUCGCGCGUGCAUGCGGGGUCGGGGCUGGGGCUGAACAUAGUGAAGGGGCUGGUGGAGCUCAUGGGCGGCCAUGUGGCAGUUGCUGAUAAGGAAGGUCCUGGUGCCCUCAUCCGCUUCUCCCUCAUGCUGCCCCGUGUGCCCCCUCCUGCUCCUCGUUCUGCUGCUGCUGUUUCUGCUGCUGACGGUGGCGGCGGUGCUCGCAUGGACGACCCAGACGUAUCGGUGUCUUUCAUUCCAAGGUUUGGUGAAGGCCCGUCGGAUAACCCAUGGGGGGAGCUGGCUCCCUCCCCUCCCCAACCAGCCCCUCCUGCUCUCAACCACAGCGAGGUUCAGGUGGUGCUGGCGAUGGAGGGGUGUCCAGGCAGGGCCACAGCAGUUCAGAUGGUGCUGGCAAUGGAGGAGUGUCCAGGCAGGGCCACAGCCACCAAGUGGCUGGAGGGCAAGAGAAUUGCAGUUCAGAUGGUGCUGGCAAUGGAGGAGUGUCCAGGCAGGGCCACAGCCACCAAAUGGCUGGAGGGCAAGAGAAUUGCAGUGAGGGAAGUGGGGGCAUGGGAGACCAUCAAAACCGCACUGGACCACGCCAUUCACACCUCCCUGCUGCGCCGCCGAACCGCUGCCCUCACUGCUGCUGCCGCCACCAUCGGCCACGGGAAAGGUGCAAGGGGAGACAGAGGGAUUCAGAGCGGUGCAGAGGGGUGUGGAGAGGCAGGGAAUGGUUCUCAGAGAAGGGGCGGGGCGUUUGUGUCGUCUGAGGCGCGGAGGGGGUCGUUCACUGCGCCAAUAGUGCUUGCAGGGCGUGUGGGGCCCUCCCUGGGUCCUACUGCUGCUGCUGCUACUGCUGCCGCCGCUGCUGCUGAUAGAGGCAACACUGUAGACGCUUCUUCUGCUGCUGUUAGUGUGGGGAGGCACGAGGGAGGGCGGGAGGGAGAGAGGGGAGGAAGCAGGCGGUGGCUGCCAUCCCGUCUGGCCCCCUUCGACUCGGCUCAAAGGCCUUCCCAGGGGUUGCUUGCAAAGAUGGAGCUCUCAUCGAUGCUGCCGUCUUCUCUCGCUGCUCUGGCUGGCCUUGGGCACUCGUCCCACCACACGUUCUCCUCCCACCACAUUCAGCCAGGUCAAACAAGUCAAUCAAGUCAACAGCAGAGAGCAGCAGCUCAAGAGGCCCCAGCAGUUCUCACCCACAGAGCGAACACCUGGGAAGGGGACAUGGAGAGGGAGGGCCGGGAUGGGGAGAAGGGGAAGGACCGGAAGAGUGUUGGGGAGGAGGAAGCAGAGGGGGAGAGGGAGAAAGAGGGGGAGAGAGAGGAGGCGGAGUGGGGAGAGGAGAGGGACACAGCCACAGCAGCCACAGACAAACAAGCAGAUGCAGAUGCAGAUGCAGAUGCAGAUGCAGACGCAGACGCAGACGCAGACGCUGACAAAGAUGGAAUCAAGCUUGCCGACCGCAGCUACCCUAUUCUGGCAAUCAUCGACAUCAUGCUGCUUCCAGGAAGCCGCGGGCUUUGCAACGCGUUGAUAGACCCAGCAGAGCAGGACCCGUUAGCAGUGGGGGCGAGUGCUGCCAGUCACCUGCCCCGCUUUGACGUGCACGGGGAAGGGGGUCUCAGUAGCCCUGCUGCUCGCCCUUUCAUGGUCCCGCCUGAGCUGGAGAGGCUGUGUGCUGAUCUGAACGCCAUCCGCACGCAGACACCGCAGAUGGCAGACUUACUCGUUGUGGCGUGGCUAGUCCCUCCAGGGGUGGACCCUCGCCUGUGUCGCUUCCUACACCAGCACCACCACUCGCUCAUCAACACACGCUCAUCACCACUCGCUCAUCACCACUCGCUCAUCACCACUCGCUCAUCACCACUCGCUCAUCACCACUCGCUCAUCACCACUCGCUCAUCACCACUCGCUCAUCACCACUCGCUCAUCACCACGCACCCCUUGCACGCCUCGCGCCUCACACACAUCCCUGUCCCUUGUCGUGGCGUGGCUAGUCCCUCCAGGGGUGGACCCUCGCCUGUGUCGCUUCCUACACCAGCAGCACCACUCGCUCAGCACCACCCGCCCCCUGCAUGCCUCGCGCCUCACACACAUCCAAGAGCCCCUGGUGCCCCGCUUGCCCCUUUUGCCCCUUAUGUGCCGUUUGAACCUCAACCCCCCUCACAGAUGGCAGAGUCUCUUGUCGUGGCGUGGCUAGUCCCUCCAGGCGUGGACCCUCGCCUGCGCCGCUACCUACACCAGCAGCACCACUCGCUCGUCACCACACGCCCCCUGCACGCCUCGCGCCUCACCCACAUCCUCUCCUGCUUCGCCCACGCCCUCAACGGAGAGCCCAUGGGCGGGGGCUCGUCUCGAAACUCGUUUGCCAUGCAGGCCCCACCCGCUGCGGAGGUGCCUGCUGCAUCGGCUGCUGCAGCAUCUCCCGAGAUGAUUCACCAGCACCACCACCAGCAGGAGCAGCAGCAGCAGCAGCAGUCACACUCCCCUGGCCAUAUCGCCAAUCACACAUCUCUGCUCACAUCCAUAUCCCCAGUUGGCCUUCCUCAGACUGCUGCUGCUGCCGUGGCUGCAACCUCAGGCUCCAAGGGGCCUGAAGAGUUUGCUACAGUCCCUGUAGCAGCGGUAGCAGGCGUGGAGGGAGAAGGAGUGGGAGAUGUGGGAGUAGCAGGAGUACCAGAAGGAGCAGGGGGAGUGGGAGGAACAGGAGGAGUGGAUGAAGCUGUAGGUUUGGGAAGAACAGGAGGAGCAGAGUCAGGAGCAGGAGGAGCAACAGGAGCAGGAAGCCUCGCAGAGGCAUGUGGUGGUGGUGGUAGUGCUACUGCUAGUAUUGCGGCUGCUGGUGUGGGUUCACGCGCUUUCUGGGGUGGGUUUGGCAGCUUCAGCGAUGGCGCUAUGGGUGCUGCUGCUGCAGGAAGUGCCCUUCCGGCUGAUGAAGAGCAUGAGUUUCAAUCCUAUGACCUUACUGCACCAGAAAACGCCUUCCCCACGCUUCUGCCCGUCCCUGAAAUGCCUGGCCCAGAAAUGCAUGCCCUAGCAGUGCCUGCACCAGCAGUGCCCGCCCUAGCAGUGCCUGUGGCAGAGUCUUUGUCCCUUUCUACACCCACAGCGUCCGCUGCUGUGGACGUCCCUCCGUCGCUCAACUCUGUGUGGGAGAGCAUCACACGCAGCACCAGGCUCCAAUCUGUUGCUGCUGCCGCCGCUGGUGCUGCAGCUGUUGCCACUGCUGCCACUACUGCUGCUACUACUGUUGAUGCUGGUGGCACAGUGGGAAAAUCAGUAGCAGCGGGGGCAGAAGCAAGAGCAGCAGGUGUGGGGGGUGAGGAGAUAAUGGAGGAGGAAGAGGAUGGGGAAGAGGAGGAGGGUGUGGAGAGGGAGGAGCGGGUGGAGGGAGGGGGAGGGAGGCGGCGCCUCUCUUUCAACGCUUGGCGUGUGCCUGCCUCGGUCAGUUUCGAGUCGACUCAGAGGCUGCCUGCGUCGGCCGUGCCCCCUGCUGGUAGUGCUGAGACACAGCCGCUGACAACUGCGCUUACAGCUCAGCACCCCUCUGCAUCUUCUCCCACCGUUCACCACCUCUCUGCAUCUCCGCACUUACAUGUGCACUUCUUGCAGCACCGCUCCCUCUCAGACCAGUAUGCUCGCCCCACAAAUACCACCAGUCUUGCCAACCCCCACCAGCCCCGCUCAAGCCUAUCCGACGGUCUAGAACGGCUUAGAAUGAUCAACGUGAAUCUCAGCCAUCCCUCCUCCUCCCUGGCCCACCGCCCUUCAGCUGCUGCUGCUGCUUCAGCGUCGCUCACUUCUCCCUCUGCGCUUCCGCAUUUUACCACUCUAGUCAGCCCGGGCCAGGGAGGCAGCCUCGGGCGAGGCUCGGCACAGAUCCGGAAGCUGAGCAGCAGCUUCGGCGGUAGGGCGCGCUUUGCUGCGGGUGCUCCUGGUGCUUCUGCGGCAGGUGCGGGGAACCUGAAUGGAAUAGGGCUGGGCUGGCCGGGUCUAGCCAGCCGGCCUCAGUUUGCUUCUCUCUCCGGUGCGUCCCGGCUGGGUCUUAUCCGGUCCAUGUCAGCCGUACAGAGCUAUGCAGCGGCCUCCUCCCUCUCUGUUCUCUGCCAACCCACCAUGCUCUCUGGAAUAGGCUAUGACCACCAGCCUAUUGUGCUGGCCGGUAUGGGUGGUAUGGGGUAUGAUCAGUCCAGUGUGCUGUCUGGAUUCGGGCCUAGUAGCUUGAGCCACGAAACCAUCUUGGAAGCUCCGCACAUGUCGACGCAAAUGUCGCCGCGUGGUUCACCUGGGAUGUCACCUGGCAUGUCACCUGGGGUGUCACCUGGCGUUUCACCUGGCGUGCUGUCUGGAAUGCUGUUUGCGAUCGGGUCUGAGCCGAUACCAGAAGCGUAUAAGGUGUCACCUGGGCGUGGGAAUGUUCCUAGAAAGCUCCCUGGCGGAGGUAGUGGUAGGUACGACCUUCGGGGGAGCGGGAGGAGCAGCAGUGGCAGCCCAAGUCUUGCUGGUGGUAGCAGAAAGUACGACCUGCAGGGAGGAGGGGGGAGCAGGAGUGGGAGUCUCCCUGGUGGUGGUAGUAAGUAUGACUUGCGUGGAGGAGGGGGGAGUAGCAGUGGGAGGAGAAGGACCAUGGGACUGCAUGUGCGGAGGGGAAGCGCUGGUAGUGCCAGUGGAUUAGGAAUGCAUGAGAGCAGCAUGGGCAUGGGCAUGGGCAUGGGCAUGGGCAUGGGCAUGGGCAUGGGGAUGGGGCUGGGUGGUUCCACUGGUAAUCUGCAUGCUCCUUCGCCUUACUCUACUAGUGCCCACGCCAUGUCACCUGCCCAUGCCUCGUCACCUGCCCAUGCCACGUCACCUGCUCAUGCCACGUCACCUGCCCUAGCCAUAUCACCAACCCAAGCCCCGUCGCCUCACUCCCAGCCAGUGGCUUACCACAGGAGAGGGGCAGAGAACACAGAGUCAACAUUCUCACAGCCACCAGCAUUCCUCAAAGGCAGCACCGUACUCUACUCCACCAGCAACCAUCCCACCCACUCCAACCACUCCUCCUUCUCCUCCCAGCAAGCAGCAGCAAGCUCUCUCAGGCCGGGACUAGCAGCGGAAAGCUCAGCAGCAGCAGCAGCAGCUCCACCCGCUUUUGUGUCCUCGCCUCACUCGCACGCAGCAGGCUACCUGCGAGGCUUUCACAGAAUGGCCCGUACCAAUUCCAGCUCCAAAUCCGCUCUUCUAGACGCAUCCAAAGGCAUGUCUCACACCAGCUCUGUUUCUCUUGACGCUCCCAGCAAAGGCACGGCCCGCACCAGCUCCAACGCCCCUGAUGCACCCGAAAGCAUGGCUCGCACCACCUCUGCUUCUCUCGAUGCGUCCAACAAAGGGAUGCCCAAUGUUGGCCUGAUUGCCAGGAGCAUGCCUCGCACAAGCUCAGCCCCUCUAGACGCCCCUCGUGUGGUUCCCAUGCCCAGAAGGUCGCUCCAGCACCAUUCAGCCAGGUACUCUGUGGCUGGGGCGAAUGGAACGAGUGGAAUGGUUGCUCUUGACGCGCCUCAGAAACACCAUUCUGCCAGGUACGCUGCUAGUGAGGUGACUGGUGGGGCGUCUGCCCUUGACGAGCCUCAGAAAUACCCUUCUGCCAGGUACACUGCUAGUGAGGCAUCUGUGCUUGAGGCGCCUCACAAACACCACUCUGCUAGAUACUGUGGUAGUGGGGCGAGUGGGGUGGAUGGGACAAGUGGGGCGUCUGUUUUUCUUGAGGCGCCUCACAACCACCACUCUGCCAGGUACACCACUCUGCCACUCUGUUUUUCUGGCCUUGAGGCAGAACCAGUUGUACGAACGAGUAUGCAGCCAGGCAUGCAGUCAAGAGAAGUGAAGGAAGGAGGUGGAGAAGCAGAGGGCGCAUUAGCAGCUGGGGGAGUGGUGGAAGCAGAGGGGACAGGAGGAGCUGCUUGUGCUGCUCACAUUGCUGCUGGCACUGCCGCUGGCAUUGCUGCUAGCGUGGAAGCAGGCCGGUCAAGAGUGCCCGCUGCGUCAGAGACAACCCAGCAGGAUGGGCACGGCACGGGAGGGAAAAUUCCUAGGACAGGAUCAGCGUUGGAGUUUGGGCUUCUGAGGGGGCUCGUGGGCCCGUCCACCCCCACCACCCCUCCCACAGCAGCUCGGCCAAGCUUUGACGCUGACGCCCCUGCCUGGCGAGCGCGGCCCAGCUUUGAAGUGCCGCAGAGCAAGGCGAGGCGAGGCAUGACAGGGGCCCACACCCCUGGGAGAGACACCACUGGUAGACCCACAGCAGCAGGAGCAGCAGCAGGAGGAGCCGCAGCAGCAGCAGGGGGAGCAGCAGGAGGAGCAGGAGGAGGAGGAGCGGCAGGGGGAGGGGCGAUGCCGACAGGCCAGCCGCUGGCAGGGCUGCAUAUCCUGGUGGUGGAGGACACAGCAGUGCUGCAGAAGCUGGCAGCGUCCAUGCUUAGGAAAAUGGGAGCCCAUGUGGCUGUGGCUUCGGAUGGGCAGCAGGCUGUUGCUGCCGUGCUGAGCUCGUGGGGGGAUGACGAUGAGACUUCUGGUGCUGCUGCUGCUGCUGUUGCGGCUGGUGGUGGUUCUGGUGGUGCUGGUGGUGCGGGUGAUGCUGGUGGUGGCGGUGGUAGUGGUGCUGGUCCUUUUCGCUGGAAGCCUCGCCGGGGCAGCAGUGGCUCUGUCUCCUUCCUCCUCUCUGCCCUCCCCUCCGCCUCCCCCCUCUCUUCCAGCCCUCUGGCCUCAUCUCUCUCGUCAAGCCCUCCCGUGGGAACAGCAUUGAGAGGGGGAGGAGGGGGAGCAGCUGCAGCGGCAGCAGCUGAAGAAGCUGAAGCAGGAGGCGGGGGAGGAGGUGGUUUUGGGGAAGGGUGGGAGGCAGCAGGUGUGCAGCAGGGUCGGAGCUCUGAGGCCAUUGAGUCACAGCUCGCAGAGAGGGGAGAGGAGAGACCCAGGUCGUCCUUUUCCAACCCGUUUGACCCAGCAGGGACAGCUGUAGCAGCAUCGGCUGUUGCAGCGUCAGUUGUAGCAGCGUCAUCUGCAGCAGCGAAUUGUGGCAGUGAUGUGGUGGCUACAGCUGGGGUGGAUGGGUGCAAGGGCAGUGGGAUGGGUGGAGUAGGGGAUGCAGCAGCAGCAGCAGCAGCGGAUCCCUUCGACAUUGUGCUCAUGGACUGCCAGAUGCCAGUGAUGGAUGGGUAUACGGCCACGAGGACCAUUCGUGCCGCAGAGAGGGGCACGGGGCGCCACACUGUCAUCUGUGCACUCACUGCUCAUGCACUCGCCAGUGACGAGGCCAAGUGCAGGCAGGCAGGAAUGGAUGGGUACCUCACAAAGCCAAUCAACAUACGCUUGCUGGUGGACACUGUUCAGCGGCUGGUCAGCAACAACAGGAGGGCAGCAAGGCGAAGCUUGAGCAACCUUGGCGCGACUGCCACUGCCAGCGGCACUGCCGUGGCCAAUCAAGGCAGCUUCAGCAGCGCUUCCAGUAACAGCCCAUACACCAGCCCUUUAGGGAAUCUCCUUCGGAAGUCUUGGGAAAGGAGCGCACGAGCAGGAGGAAGAAACGAGGAAUUUAAACAGCUGACCGCUUCGGAAGAGAAGCUAGAGGGAGAGGAGGAGGAAGAAGUGAGGGACGAGAAGGACGAAGAAGGCAGGGAGGGCAAGGAGGGCGAGCGGGACGAGAAGCAGCCUGCUGCCGACCGAUACGCAGUCAGCCGGUCCAUGCCUCGGAAGCAGCAUGAUUGGAUCUUUUCUGUUGGAUCUCCUAACGUCUCCUCCCCCAGCAGCAGCAGCAGUGGCCUCAAUCGCCCACCUCCCGCACAGCUGACCCUUGCUGUGGCCGCUUCUGCUGCUGCUGCUUGCGCCGCUGCUCUCAUGCUGCUGCACUCUCGGUUCGCCCAGACAGCACUUGAGCGUGCAGGGAAGCGUGCCGUGGGGCGUGCAGAAGGGCGUGAUGAGGAGGAACGUGCAGAGGAGAAAGGCGAGCGUACAGGGAAGCGUGCAGGGAAGCGUGCAGACACACAAGAAGGCAGAUUACGGGGGAGUGAGGAGAUGUUUGAGGCGCCUCAAAAAUCACUUGAGCGUGCAGGGAAGCGUGCUGAGGGGCGUGCAGAAGGGCGUGAUGAGGAGCGUGCAGAGGAGAAAGGCGAGCGUACAGGGAAGCGUGCAGGGAAGCGUGCAGACACACAAGAAGGCAGAUUACGGGGGAGUGAGGAGAUGUUUGAGGCGCCUCAAAAAUCACUUGAGCGUGCAGGGAAGCGUGCCGAGGGGCGUGCAGAAGGGCGUGAUGAGGAGCGUGCAGAGGAGAAAGGCGAGCGUACAGGGAAGCGUGCAGAGGAGGCAGGCGAUCGUACAGGGAAGCGUGCAGAGGAGGCAGGCGAGCGUGCAGGGAAGCGUGCAGACACACAACAAGGCAGAUUACGGGGGAGAGAGGGGAUGGCGGGAGAUGCGGCAAGAGGUUUUGCAGGGGGGGUUGCUCGGGGUGGUGCAAGGGAUGUUGCUGCAGGGAAUGGGGGGAUAGCAGAGGGCACGGUAGAUUACAUUCGUUCCUUGACGUUCAAGGAACCUGACGGAGGGAGGGUGGAAGCGAGAUCAGGGAAGACGAAGGAAGGCCCGGAAACUCUUACAGCUGGUGUGGAGAGAGUAGGGGAGCCAGUUGGGGGGAGUGGUGGGGAGACCGCUGGGAGCGAGAAUGAACUGGAGGCUGUGGCUGGAGGGGCAGAGAGCAGGGAGCAGGUGGGGGGACGACAGGGGGAAGGGGAAAGGAGCGGAUGGGCGGAGGGACGAGGCGAGAGUGGGGUUUGGAGAGAAGAGGGUAAAGAUGCAGUGGAUGGGCGUGAGGAUAUGAGGCGGAGAGGUAGUGGUGAUGGGGAUGAGGAAGGGGAUGAGGGGAAGGGUGAGGGGAGAGAUAAGGGAGACCUGCCAGGGGACUUGGAAGAAGAUGAACUGCUCAAGUUACUGCAAGCUCAAGCCAUUAGCGAUUGGAGCAACCAGAUCGUGCUGCAGGGCUUUAACUGGGAGUCACACGGUCAACCCCAGGGCUGGUGGCGGCACCUAGCCUCCCUCGGGCCUGCCAUUGCUGCUGCUGGCUUCACGGCUGUCUGGCUACCCCCCGCCUCUUCGUCCCUUGCCCCACAAGGCUACCUGCCCAAGGACCUCUACCACCUAUCAUCAGCAUACGCCUCCGAGGCAGAUCUCCGCACCCUCUUUGCUGCUCUCAGGGCCGCCCAGCCCAGCACUGCGGUACCCUCAACCCCUCUCUCUGCCUCACCUCCCCUCUCUCCCCACUCCCAGGCUACCCGCCCAAGGACCUCUACCACCUGGCAUCAGCAUACGGCUCCGAGUCAUUCUUCAUUAUCCCUCUUGCCCUCCCCCACUCGCUCUCUUCCCUCCCCUUUCUCCCCCCAACAGGCUACCUGCCUAAGGACCUCUACCACCUAUCAUCAGCAUACGGCUCAGAGGCAGAUCUCCGUGCUCUCAUUGCUGCGUUCAGGGCCGCCCAGCCCCACUCUGGAGUACCCUCAACGUCUGCUGCUAAUG